AUGGUGGUAAUGGAAAAUAGCGGGCUAGCAGAACUUGCCAAACUUUCGCUAGGCCACUCUGGAAACAAAGAUACAGACUUUGUAGACAUCACAGAACAUUUACACACACUUUCUGCUAAUUUAGCUCCAGAAACUGUAGUAAAGGAACCCACAUUUUCUCUUUUCGAGGGCACUUAUGCGUUGGAGGUGUGCAAUCUGAAACUAGAUACGAGUCUCAUCGAGUUGUCCCCGGAGGAACAGACAUUUGAUUGCAACAUUGCAUACGGAGAAGAGCAGAAUUUGGAAUAUGUUACAGCAAUAUGCGAUAGAUUGAGCAGGUCUCUGAUGAAUUGGCUGCAUGAUUAUCAGACCUUGCCCACAACCGUGCUGAGCUGUCGAUACGUUGAGUACUUGAUGGAAUUGUACACGAAGCACCCAGUCUCUUCUUUGGAUGCUAUGCAAGGGUUAUCUACUCAAGAUCCACUGUACGACCAAGUGCUUUAUAGUUUCGUGUUGGGACUCUGCUCUUUCAUUAAGUUUACCUCCAUUGUACUCAAGGAUGGUGGCGUCUACGAAGAAGAAGAUUUGAACUGUAAUGUGAUGAAUCUCGACAUGUUGUCCAAGAUAGAAUACACCGCCGUUAUCCAAUCAUUGGAUACAUCCUUAAGGGUAAUAGACCAAUUAUACCCAGACCCAAACUCCGAUGCUUCUCAUUUGAGGAACGUAGUCCGUCUACUCCGUUUUCUAUUGCAUAUACCAAAUUAUCACUACCCUUCUCGACUCACAGCCGUGUCAUCUGACCUAAGCGUGCUACAAGAAUCACUAGAGGUGAUUGCUGAACUCAAUGCAGAUAAUUACGACUUCACACAGCACAAGUGUCCUCCAGGAUGCUUUUCAAUGGGAAUACAGAAAAGACGCGACAAUAAUUUUCCCCCAAAGGAGAUUUAUCAACCAAAGGGCAAUGAAUUCCAGUCCUUUGAUAUAUUCAUGAGAGAUAUUUUAGCAGCAUUGUCCGUAAAAAAUUGCAAAACUGCAUUUGAAUUCAGACAGUACGUUUGGUUUUUCAACAGACUACAUCAACGUACCGUUAUGGCCCGCGCUUUGCUCCAAUCAUAUCUCAUGAGGAAUGAAAUGAUACUGGACAGGUUUAGUGUUGACAACUUCAGUAAUAUGCAUCUACAUGAAUUUUCUUUAGCCGGAACUACCCUCUCAGAUAUAUUAUCGAAUGAAGAGAAUAGCAUAGAAAAAGCUGACAUACACAACGCAUUGAGCGAGCUUUCAUAUUGUUUACUACGUUGGUACCAGAAUAUGCCGCAAAAUUGUUGUAGACACAGACAAGGUUUCAAUCGGUUAUUGCUUGACUUUGAUUCAGUACAAGCGAAUUUUGAGCAGCACGAAACUCAUUGGCAAUCUAUUGGCAUUGAUGAUAGAAUAACCAAAAUGGGUGGCGCACCAUUGAUGCCAGUAUCUACGUGGAUAUACACUACUAAACUACUAAUGAUGAUAGAAUUUACCUUAGAAGGCUUCCAUUUAGAGGUGUAUAAACCUUGGGAAUCCUUUGCACAAUAUUGGUUCUGCUAUUACCUAUCCAGUCACUUGGAAUCGAAUUUAAAAAGAUUACAGGAAUUCUUAUUACAGAAGAUCAACUACAUCGGUAAUUACAAUAAGAAAAUCAAGAAACUAAAAGCAGGAGAGAAAAAGGAGAAGGCAAAGGAACAAUACAAACAUCUCAUAUCGUCAGUAUUGCCUCAAUUAAAACUUAAUAAAAAAACCAUCAGCUAUCUUUUCUUGGUUUGCACGGUUUUAAAAUCUCUCUCAUUAGCGCAAGUAUUCCAGUUUGCAUUGUUAAAAUCGUUUAAGAUUAUCGACUCAACAGUGGAAUACUCUACACGUUUUAGCACUAAAAAGAUGGUUCAUGAUUUGAGAUUUAAAACAUUUUCUUCUAUAGGUAUACCUGAAGUGCCUACUUUUGAACAAUUCCAAAAGUCGUUAGAAGAUUUCGUCAUUGAAUCACCGGCUAUUCAUUCGAAAAUCCCCAAUUUAUUGAAUUUUAUGAAUACGGAACUCGAAAACGCAAAGAUUGCGUUAUCCACCAUUAUAAGAACAAUAGAGACGGGGGAGCCUGAAGAUGCCCCAAUAUAUACUGGAACGAAACAAGUUAAAGAAACGGCAUUGCAAUGGUUCAAUUCAUUGUUAGGUUCAGCGACAGCACUAAGCGUCAAUGGAUCAGUACUCAAGAAAAAAAUUUUAGAGCAUCCUAAGACUGACAAUUUGAGUCAAUUUUAUGAUGUAAAACUCACUCACAGUCAAAGAGGUUGUUACUAUUUCCCAAUAUUGACACUUUCAUCUAAGUUGGAUAGAAAACGCAAGUGA